GAUAAAAUACAGAUACCUGCACCCGACAUGUGGAUGCUAGUCCUCGUAGAGGAAGGUAUGCAUUACAAAAGAGAUGUGACCCUUUCAUCUGCAUUUACAUGUUUUAUAUCCCCCUCUUCUCAUCCUGUUCCUUAAAGCUGUUGGCCUUUUGUUACAAACCAUAUGAUGUUUGAAUGUUUUCCAUGACACUUUGAGCAGAGAUCUUUGAGCAGAUGGAGCUGCUGCAGCUCAUCUGGUGCAGCAGAGCUGAUAGAUGCAGUUCACAACUCUGAUCCGUUCUUAACCAGUAAACAUCCCAGAACCACAGCAGUGUGGUUUUCAGUCCCAUCACAGCACAAUAACAGCUGCACCUUCACUCAUCCAUGACACAGUCUCCUCCUGCUGCUGAUUCAGCAGAGAUGAAAUCAGAUGAAAAGAAUGUUUUCAAACUGUGCUGGAACAUGACGACCAUAGGACAGGACUUCAGAGAUGCUGCAUUCAAGUGCACCUGUCCAAGUGUUGGACUGUUCCUUCAUCAGUGUGUGAGAGCCACGUAAUGUCCAUGUUUGCUGAAAGAGACUGUGCUGGUCUGACCCCCCUCCUCCUUUCAGGGUGAAGCCUGCUGGACAACGAUGGAUGACACCAGGUCUGAGGAAGUAUUCCUGUCAACUCACCAUCGACCCAAAAACAGUCCACAAACGCAUCAAACUGUCUGACAACAACAGGAAGAUGACGUAUGUGAAGGAGGAUCAGUCAUAUCCUGAUCAUCCAGACAGGUUUGAUAUCUGGUGUCAGCUGCUGUUUAGAGAAGUUCUUACGGGUCGCUGUUACUGGGAGGUCCAGAGGAGAGGAAAAGUUUCUGUAUCAGUGAGUUACAGAAGAAUCAGCAGGAAAGGAAACUCUAAAGACUGUUGCUUUGGAAUGAACGAUCAUUCCUGGAGUCUGUCAUGUUCUGAUGAUGGUCGGUACUGUGUCUGGCACAAUACCAGAGUAACACCUUCCUCCUCCUCUUCCUCAGUCUCUGACAGAGUAGCAGUCUAUGUGGACGUUCCUGCUGGAACUCUGUCCUUCUACAGCAUCUCUUCUGACAGACUGAUCCACAUCCACACCUUCAACACCACAUUCACUGAACCUCUUUAUCCUGGGUUGUGGUUCAGGUCCAAUCCGGGUUCUUCAGUGUCUCUGUGUUGAGUUCAGUCUCAAGAGUCUCCUCCUGUCAGAGAAACUGUCUCUGUUGGACAGAUAGUUGAGUUUGUACAUGUCUGUCUCUGUUUCCAUCAGAACACCUGAAUCACAUGUUGCUGAAACGUCUUCCUCUUCCAGUCCUUUAAAGGUGGAAGCUGCUGUUAUUCCAGGAUCCACAUGUUGUUCUUCUGUCUGUUUCCAGUCAGAGCUUCACAGUGAACAGCAGCAUGUUGUUUCUCUGCAGCUCAGUUCAGCUGAGAUCAUUCACUUCAUGUCAGCUGCAGUUAGUUUGCUGCACAUGUGACCAACUGUGAUGUCAGAGAGGAAUCACUGAGCUGCAAUCAGCCGAGAUGAAGUUACAACCUGCUGACAGAUCUGAGCACAAGGUUGCUGUGCAGCCAGGGUUCAUCCUGGUCUUUAUUCUCACCCACUUCCUGUUCCAGCCAUGACAUCACUACUGGACUGUCAGGUUUCUUUCAUGGUAAAGGGUUUGUUUAUGUGUGAGCUCUCACCAAGAUGAAUAAUAUGAUCCAUCCAUUAUCUAGAACUGCCUCUUCAUGUUCAGGUUCCCGGGGGUUGGCCUUGUUGAUUUUACACUGUACUAAGAAGGGCUACUUUUUGAAUAAAGUUCCCCUUUGAUGACAAUAUUUGAUAUUCACUCAUUAAAAGCGCUGCCUCAACAUUUCCUCACAAUAAUUAUCAAAUUGAUUUAUCAUGCUAGGAAACAUAUUUCAACACAAAACAUUUUUCAUUCUUAAUUCAUUUAGUUUGUUCCAAUUUUCAAAUGAUUGCUUAUGUAACAUUUUAGUAGCAAAUCAUGAACAUCUUCAAAUCAAGUCCCAUUUAUAUGAAAUUAAGCAGCAUAAUACUUGUAGCAAAUCAUGAAGUCCCACAUCUGUAGAUAUCUGGUUUAAA